CUGCGCAUGCGCGUUGAGCCUGCGCGGUCCCUUCAUGACAGCACGCAUGCGCGGCCGGUGGGUUUGGCGCAUGCGCAGUGGUGCGCCCGAUCUGGCUGAGGGGAGCGUCGCGGUGCCCGUUACUCUUCUUUUAAGCUAGGAGAAGUCCCAACAGAUCUCACCCUCUCAGAAUGGCAGACCAGAAGCGCCUUGCAUACUCCAUCAUCCAGUUCUUACAUGACCAGCUACAGAACGGGGGGCUUUCUCCAGAUGCUCAGGAGAGUUUGGAAGUGGCCAUCCAGUGCCUGGAAACAGCAUUUGGAGUCUCUCUGGAAGACCAAGGCCUUGCAGUGUCACGGACUCUGCCUGAAAUAUUUGAAGCUGCUGCAGGAAAGGAGCCUGAACACAUCAGAGCAAACUCGGAGCCAGUCACCCCCUCUGAAGACGACAUAGCUGAAGCUGAAAGGCUGAAGACUGAAGGAAACGAACAGAUGAAGGCAGAGAACUUUGAAGCUGCUGUGUCUUUCUAUGGGAAAGCAAUUGAGUUAAAUCCAUCCAACGCUGUGUAUUUUUGCAACAGAGCUGCUGCGUACAGUAAAUUAGGAAAUUAUGCUGGAGCAGUCAGAGACUGCGAAAGAGCAAUAGGCAUCGAUCCAAACUACAGCAAAGCUUACGGCAGAAUGGGCUUGGCUCUCUCCAGUUUAAAUAAACACACAGAAGCUGUUGUCUACUACAAAAAAGCUCUGGAGCUCGAUCCAGACAAUGACACGUAUAAAUCCAACCUUAAAAUAGCUGAACAGAAAAUGAAGGAGACUCCCAGUCCGACCGGAGGUCCCGGAGGAUUCGAUUUAGCUGGCUUGCUGAACAACCCUGGCUUCAUGAGUAUGGCAUCUAACCUAAUGAACAAUCCACAAGUACAACAGCUCAUGUCUGGGAUGAUUUCUGGUGGCCAUAACCCCAUGGGAGCAGCAGGCACCAGCCCCUCCACAAAUGACCUUGCCAGCCUCAUACAAGCGGGCCAGCAGUUUGCUCAGCAGAUGCAACAACAGAAUCCUGAACUAAUAGAACAGCUACGAAGCCAGAUCAGGAGUCGAACUCCAAGUGCCAGCAAUGAAGAUCAGCAGGAAUGAGCAUUACAGUGCAGUCCGUGGGAUUCACCUUCUUUGCUUUACAAACUGGAAGCCAUGUGCGUGGUGCCAUUUGAAUUGGAAGUGUCCAAGAAGGGGAGAGAGGGGAGGGGGGGGGAUAAAACAAACCCACCCCCAACACAAAAUCCUUCCUAUGACCUGCAUGUUCAAGACCAGCUUCACACUUUUCUUCCCCCAGUCUUCGUCCUGCUCCUCCCCCUCCACCUUUCCCAUUAAGUUUUCUUCUGGAAGAUCCAGCAAACACCAAACCAGCACCAAACAGUCUUUCUAAAGAGACUCAGUCAUUCACGACGCUGUUACAUUUCUAUGGUCUUUGCUACGUUGGAGGGCAUUUUUUAACCCCUUUUUGAAGAACGAUGAGCUCUUCACUACAGGACACCUUUGCUUUCCUGCCUACACUUCAAAGAAGUGUUGGAGUCCCACCUCCAUCCUGCUUCCCCUCCAUCUUCCUGCCACUUACAAGACAGUGACAUUGGAGACCACUGGAUCUUCUUACCUCCAAGGACAGGCUUUCUCUUGAUGUUACUCAUUCAGGUCUGUAGCAACGUUGUGUUGUUCACACACAUAGGAUCCGAUGGCUGCCUCUCUAAGGUUCCCAUCAUUAUAUUGGAUGGGUUGGGAUUGAUGAGGUAGAACGAGCGUUUCCAGUUACACCUCUUGGGGUCCAUCCCCAACCUUGACAAGAACUCAUUUAGUGUUAAUAGUAAUUAGUGUUGGAAUGAGCCAAUCUGUGAACUAGUCGGGUGGACAUUAAGGAAAGAUAUCAUGUUUUCGGUGUUUAAAAGGUUUCUCUUUUGCUUUUUGAUGCAUGUAAGUAACCAACCCAGUUGAUAAUAGGAGUAAAGAGAAGGAAGGAUGGAAUAAGAAGCAGAAGGAAUCCAAAUGCUCCUUGGAUAUAGAAGGAAAUACAUGGAAAUAGAGAAUGAAAGGGCUGCUGGUUCAAUGUGGGAGGAUGGAGGAGAUCCUUGUUGCUGGAUACCUGCAGCUUCCCACCUCCCACAGCAUCCUGGAUGGGGAUGGAGGCUUUGGGAUCAGCUAUAGGGCUGUAUUAAAGGGUUUUCUAAUGUAUGGGGCCCUAUUGCUGGGCAUGGGGGCAGCUGGAUGGCUGAGGAUUGAAUGGGAGAUAUAGGAGACCUGGUGGUACGAAUGAGCAGGUAUGUUGAAUAUCAAGGGAAACCAACAGAUCUGUACAUGCUCCGUAAAUUUAAUCUGUGGUUCAUGUAAACUCGUGAAGAAUAAACUAUUUGGACACUCUUUGCUAUCUA